AUGGCAAACGCCACCAAGCCCAUCCUUCCAGUGGAAGGCAAGCGCAACGUCUUGAUCACCAGCGCGCUGCCCUAUUCCAACAACCUGCCACAUUUGGGAAACGUCAUUGGCAGUGUUCUGUCGGCCGAUCUGUACGCACGUUACUGCAGAGCCAGAGGCUACCAGACUCUGUACGUUUGCGGCACCGAUCAAUACGGUACCGCUACCGAAACCAAGGCCCUUGAAGAAGGCACCGACCCCGCCACUCUUUGCGCCAAGUACCACGCCCUCCACAAGUCCAUCUACGACUGGUUCCGCAUCGAUUUUGAUAUCUUUGACAAGACACCCACCGAGCACCAGACCGACAUCGUACAAGACAUCUUUUCGAAGCUUUGGAAGAACGGCUACAUUUACGAAGACGAGACUAUUCAGCCGUUCUGUCCCGUUGAGACCCACAGCACUUUCCUCGCUGAUCGGUUCGUCGAGGGUGAGUGCUCCAUCUGUGGCGACAAGGGUGCCCGGGGUGACCAGUGCGACGCCUGUGGUUCCAUUCUUGAUCCUCUUAAGCCCGAGGAGACUGGCACUCCCGCCGAGGGAGAGGCGGCCAACGAAGUCAAGGCUACCGGCUGGCUUAUCAACCCUCGCUGCAAGGUCGACGGCGCAACUCCCGUAGCUCGCAAGACGAAGCACCUUUACCUGAAGCUCGAUGACCUCGCCGAACAGCUGAAAGCUUGGUAUAAAACCACUGCGGACAAUGGCUGGAGCACGAAUGCCAAAGCUAUCACCCAAUCGUGGAUCGACAAGGGUCUCAAGCCUCGUGCCAUUUCUCGUGAUCUCAAGUGGGGUGUCCCAAUUCCCGACGUCGAGGGCUUGAACGUUGAAGACUAUGCUCGCAAGGUUUUCUACGUCUGGUUCGAUGCCUGUAUUGGCUACAUUUCCAUCACCAAGACUUAUACUGAUGGUGAUAACCGCGAGGGCAAGAACUGGGAGAAGUGGUGGAAGAACCCCAAGAAUGUAGAGCUUAUGCAGUUCCAGGGCAAGGACAACGUCGGUUUCCAUAGCAUUGUCUUCCCCUCCUCACUUCUUGGUACCAAAGAGAACUGGACCAAGGUGAACAGAAUUUCUGCUACCGAGUACCUCAACUAUGAGAAUGGAAAGUUCUCCAAGUCUCGUGGCAUUGGUGUCUUUGGCAACAACGCCAAGGAUACUGGCAUUGACCCCGACAUUUGGCGUUUCUAUCUGCUUUCUCGCCGUCCCGAACUUGCCGACUCCGAGUUCAAAUGGGAGGAGUUUAUCGACGUCAACAAUAACGAGCUCCUCAAGAACGUUGGCAACUUUAUUCAGCGUACUCUCAAGUUCUGUGUGGCCAAGAUGGACAGCACUGUUCCCGCGGCUACCGUCAGCAAUGAACUCAUCGACUCUCACAGGGCAGCAGUCAACCAGAUCCUUGCCACCUACAUUAGCCACCAGGAGGCCAACAAGAUGCGCAGCGGUAUUCUCGAUAUCCUCGCCUUUUCUGCUCUCGGAAACAAAUUCCUUCAGGACAAUGGCUUGAACAACAAACUCCUAGCUGAGGAGCCGGAGCUUUGCAACACAGUUAUCAAUAUUGCCAUCAACCACGUCCACCUCUUGGCUGGCCUCCUGUACCCGUACAUGCCCACCACAGCAGAGUCGAUCUUCAAGCAGCUGGGUCAGGAACCUGAUCCGGUCAUUCCCGACACUUUUGGCUUUGCUGCCGUUUCCGCUGGCCACAAGAUCGGGACCCCCGAGCCUCUGUUCUCCGUCAUCCCUGCUGCCAAGCUUGAUGAGUGGCGUGAUGCCUACGGUGGUGCAGAGCUGAAGAAGCAGAAGGCUAUCGAGGCCGAGAAGGCCGCCGCAAAGAAGGCUAAGAAGCUUGCUGAUAAAGAAAAGAAGAAGGCCAAGAAGGCUGAGGCCGCCGAGACGAAGUCUGCUGAGACUGCGACUGCUGCGGAUGUAUCCAAGCUGUCUUUGGAUGAAAAGAAAUAG